GAGCGCCUGUCACCUCUGGGCUGUGGUUCGUCCCCCCCACACGCCUUUAUGGGUAACCAAACUUGACUGAGGACUUGUUGGGGUUGUUGGGGUCUUGCUUUGGUACAGAUUUGAUCCCUCCAUGAUUCAGCAACAUACAGUGGCCAUCGCCACUUCCCACGAAAUUCCAUGCUCUCAUCUUCCAGCCAGAGUGAGUCUGUGAGUGAGUGAGAGAGGAGAUGGAGGCUGCGGCAGCCACUGCUUUUGCCGGUAGGAUCGCGCCGAAGCUCCUGGAGUUCUUAGCUGCAAAUCACAAGCUUCGGCGGAACCUGGAGCAUGACAUCACCUACAUCCAAAGAGAGUUCGCGCUGAUCUCUGCCGCCGUUCAGCAAGACGAUGAGUGUCGCUGGAGGACCGGUGCUGUUGGCGACCAUGUCCAGAGGGCAUGGAUCCAGAUCAUACGAGGCUUGGCGCAUGCCAUCGAGGACUGCAUCGACCGCUUCAUGCACCAGGUGACCAUCUCUGGGACGUCGACGUGGAUCCGUCAGGCUGUCCACCGGGUGCAGACGGCGACAGUCCGUAAGGAGUUUGCCAAGGCGAUCCAUGAGCUCAAGAAGAUUUCACAGGAGUCGUCCAAGCUGAGAGAAACUUACUACAAUGCCAGCAUCGGUACUGGCACCUCCUCUUCCUCAACGGCGGCGGCAUCAGUGGCAUGUGAGACGAUGACAGAGAUGGUGAUAGACAACAGCCUCUCAGCUGGUCGACCCGUGGGCAUGGAUGCACCCCGGGACGAGCUUCUUGAAAUGAUCCAGCAGCAGCAACAACAGCUCAAGGUGAUCUCCAUUGUUGGUUUCGAUGGUAUAGGCAAGACUCUCCUUGCCAGGCAUGUUUAUGACACAAUUGAGAACCAAUACGAAGCUCGGGCUUGGGUCUCUGCAGCAGAGCAAGGAGUCCCAACAGAUGUUAUCAAGGAGAUACUCCAACAACUUGGCAUCCCUGCAAAUGGCGGAGGCAACCUCAGCAAGCUCUGCUCAAUUCUCAGAUGGUACCUUGGGAGCAGGAGGUUCUUCAUUGUAAUCGAUGACAUGCGGACAGAAUUUUGGCAUGACAUAAAAGAUGCGUUUGUGGGAUUGAGCGGCAGAGUUCUGGUGACAACAGCCAUUCAUUCAGUAGCAAAUACCUGCAGCAGCUCAGCAGCUCAUGAUCAUGUGUACGCAAUGAAAACUCUUGCCGAUGAACACUCAAGACUACUAUUCUUCAAGGAAGCUUUCCAAGAUGACAAUCCACCAGUUGAUAAAGAGGAUCAGCUUGGCUCGGAAGCACUGAAGAAGUGUGAUGGUUUACCCCUUGCUCUUGUUACCACAGCCCGGUACUUGCAAAGCACGGGUAAUCCGACACAUGGAAACUGGGCAACAUUAUGCCACAACCUGGGAGCACAUCUGGAAACAAAAGAGAUGUUAGCAAGAAUGAAGCGUGUGCUUGUCCAUAGCUACACAAGCCUUGUUAAACAUGAUGUCAAGACGUGCUUGCUAUAUUUUGGUAUCUACCCUAGUGGUCGUACAGUUAGGAGAGGAAGCUUGAUAAGGAAAUGGUGCGCUGAAGGGUUUAUCCAAGGAGAUUAUAUGUGUAAUGCUCUGGAUGCUGCUACAGGCAAUUUUAAAGAGCUUGUCAACCGGAGCAUCAUCCAGCGUACAGAUGCCAUCAGCAAAAACAGCGAAGAUGAGGUGAAGACAUACCAUACUCACGGCAUGAUGCUUGAGUUCAUCCUGCACAUGGCCAAGUGUGACAACUUCAUUACCUUGUUAUAUGAUCAGAUGGCUCCGCCACCCCCACCCAGCAGAAUCCGUUGGCUCUCCCUCCAUGACGCAAGUGCCAAAGUAGCCAAUGAUCUAUCUUUGGUCCGGUCUCUGACAAUCUUUGGCAAGGCGCAUGAAUCAGUCCUGGAUUUUUGCAAAUAUGAACUGCUUCGGGUUUUGGAUCUAGAAGAAUGUGCUAACCACUUGGAGGACAAGCAUCUUAAGGAGAUAUGCAGCAACCUGUUGCUACUCAGGUACCUAAGCCUUGGGGCAGCUGUUAAGGUUACGACACUGCCCAAAGAGAGCAAGAAACUUCAACUUUUGGAGACGUUGGAUGUAAGAAGAACCAAGAUAGAGAUUCUGCCCACACAAGUCAUGGAGCUUCCAUGCUUGAUUCAUCUAUUUGGAAAGUUCAAGCUCCAAGAAGGUGUAGGAAGCCGGAAAAUGCAUAAGCUACAAACCUGGUUCUCAGAGAAUAGCAAAUUGGAAACAGUAGCAGGAUUUGUUGUGGACAACAAGAGCCAAGGAUUUGCACAGCUCAUGGAGCAUAUGAAGCACUUGACGAAGGUGAAAAUAUGGUGCGAGCAGUCCAUUAAUAACAGCACGGGUCCCACUGCCAGUGACAGCAACAGCAGCACCAAUAAUUACACUCAUGUCUCAAAUGCCAUCAAGGGGUUCAUCAAGAGAAGCACCGACGUGAAAAAAGCUCAUUCACUCUCAAUACAUUUCAAUGAUAAAUGGUUCCAAGACUUGCUCGUGAACUUGUCCCUAGAAAAAGAAGAAGCUUCCUCCUGCUAUCUUAGCUCGCUCAAGCUACAAGGGGGCAACAUAUGCAGCCUGCCUCCAUUUGUUACCAUGCUAGGUAGUCUCACUAAGCUGUGCCUUUCAUCCCCUCAUCAUAAGCUGAGCGGGGAUAUUCUUGCUGCCCUGAGCAGAGUGCGCUGCUUGGCGUACCUGAAGCUGAUUGCAUCUCAACUGGACAAACUCGUCAUCAUAAAAGGUGCACUUGGAAGCCUGCGACGACUAUGCAUCGUGGUUGAAGUCAUGACUGAACUGGAAGUACAAGAGGGAGCUCUUCCAUUCCUCGAGUCGCUACAGCUGCUAUGUAAGGAUCUAAAUGGCUUUUGCUGCACGACGAUCCAGUCCCUGCGGCGUAUUAAGGAGGUCACCCUCCGUGAUGGAGUAAGUGAUGAAACAAAGCACGAGUGGAAAGAAGCAGCAAAAAAACACCCCAGACGUCCCAAGCUCUUGUUUGUUAAGACAGCUGAAGAUGUUGAUAUGGGAAGUGAACCUACAUACAAUUCUGAGAUAACAACACCCCACAAUGCGAUUUUUACUGGAGAGCCUGCACAAGUUGAUUGUGAUGAUCUGCAACAGGAUGAUGAUGAGAAAGAUUGUACAGAUAAAAUUGAUAUCCUAGAGGAUUUUGCUAGCAAGACUUGUCUGGACCCUCCAGUGGACAAGGAAAGUUUUGAACAGGGGAUGGAAGGAAUGGUAGGUUUAGAGGAUCAGCAGAUGGAAGACGUCACUCGGUCUACUGAUCAGGCUGAUCAAAAUGUUGUACUUUUGGUGGUGGAUGAGAACAGAAGAAAGAGGGCAAGGUUCAACAUUGGUGAAGAUAAUUCAAUGGACAAGAUGGUUGAUAGAGUGAAGCGCAAGAACCCGGAGGAUGUCCAAGUUGGGUUCUGAAGUUCAUUGGAAAUGUUAGAAAUUUGAUGGCUGUUGGAGAUGUUGCUUUAGUUUGGACCAUAUGGAAAUCUACAAAUACCCUGUUUACUUUAUAUAUCCUGCUACCUGUUUUUUUUUGUCACAAUGGUUAUAGUCAUUGACUGGCUUGCAGAAUCGAGGCCAACAAAACAAACAGUGCCUGGGCUCGCAGUUGCUGUCUCCAAUGGAAAUUGACGUGGAUGUGAGUCAUUAGUGCCUCGGUUGGCAGAUCCCUGAUUAUGGUGUUGUUUUGUCUGCAGUACCCGUGCUUGCAAGCUUGGGUCAAUCUUGCUCGAGAGUAGGGAAAGUACUUAGGUUUGCUUUGAGUAUCAGGUUGGCAUUUGAUGUUUCAAGUAGAUGUCGCUUCUGUUGCUUCGGCAAUUGGUCUGUCUAGUGAUCCCCUGGCAUGUUUACAUACUAAUGGUGAAUCCCCAUGUGUUGCUGCUCGCUACAUGGGCGUGCCAGACUGCUAUGGCUUAUGGACACAUCUCAUGAAGAUGAUCAAGUGCUUUCAAUAAAUUUUCUCUUAUUAAUUUGUAGUUGUGCUGUAACAUGAGUUAACUUUCAUGCAUGUCAAUUUGGUGGCUUUCUGCUGUACCAAAGUUGACCAUGUAUGCUGUUGGAUGAAUAUGUGGUCCCGGUUAACUUCGGCAUCUGUACCGCAAAACAUUAUAAUCAGCCCCCAUUCAGUUAUAAGACCAUCUUAUUUUUAUGUUGUUGACAA